GUUCUUCAUGUUGUAGUCUCCAGGCCUUUAACCGUCUUAGUUGCUCUUCUCUGCAUUUUCCCAAAGUCUCAGCAUCUUUUUUGUGAUGUGGUGGCCAAAAUUGGAUGCAGGAUCCCAGGUGGUCCUUACUAAGGCUGUAUACAGCGGUACUAAGACACUUCCCGUGUUCUUGAUUCCCUCCCUCCGUCGAUGCAGCUCAGGAUCCGUAUUUGCCGCAAACAUUUCACUGCCAGGCUCGGGAGCGUCGCCGGCUCCUGUCCCCUCGCAAUCCUUCCUCGCCUCCCCUGCGCCGCGACCGAUGCAGCACCGCCUGUCCCCGCCCGAGAGGGGCCCGGGGAAAGCGGGCUUCCACCUGCGGAAAUCGGGGGCCGAGCGGCUCCGGUUGCUACCUCGCCGGGAUCGACUGCCAGGAGGCCUCGCAGUCCCCGACAAGAUGGCGUCGCCCGGCCGGCCGCGCUUCUUCUCCGCCGCCCUCGCUCUGCCCAUGCGCGGGCCGAUCGGCGGAAGGCCGAACUGCGCCUGCGCGCCUCACGGCGCGGCGCAGUCGCAGAGCACACCACAGGGCGUGUCCGGCGCCUGCGCGCGGGUGCCGCGGGUCCCGAAUACAAGAUGGCGGCGGCGGCUGCCAGGGUGAGGCAGCGGCGCGAUGGCGGCGGGAAGCUGAGCGACCCCCAGCGACCCCAGGCCCCGGCCGCAGUGCCGAUGCUGCAACAUGGCCAAUGAGAACCACGGCAGCUCCAGGGAGGAGGCUGCCCUCAUGAGCCACUCUCCCAGCACCUCCCACCAGAACCAGCCGAGCUCCCCCAAACCCGCCCGUCUGGUGCAGGAUCUGCCAGAUGAGCUGGUGCAGGCGGGCUGGGAGAAGUGCUGGAGUAAGCGAGAGAACCGCCCGUACUACUUCAACCGCUUCACCAACCAGUCACUCUGGGAGAUGCCGCUGCUGGGGCAGCAUGACGUCAUUUCGGACCCUCUGGGUCUGAAUGCCGCCCCAGGGCCUGCCGAGGGGGGAGCCGGUGAAGCGGCCGCUGCCGAAAGCAAGUCAUGCAAACGGAGGCUGUCUGAGGAGGGUCAGCCCAGCGGCAAUCUUGCGAAAAAGUCCAAGAUGGAGGUACCGGCAAACCCCACAGCUCAGCCAGCCCCAAACGUUUCCAGCACUCCCGGGACGCCACUGUUGAAGGUGUGGGGCGUCUCUCCCGAAGAGAGGCAGGCGGCUCUCUUGCGACCAACGGAAGUCUACUGGGACCUGGAUAUUCAGACCAAUGCCGUGAUCAAGCAGCGGGCCCCGUCAGAAGUGCUGCCCCCUCACCCGGAAGUGGAGCUGCUCCGGUCCCAGUUGAUGCUAAAGCUGCGGCAGCAUUACCGGGAGCUCUGCCAGCAGCGGGAGGGAAUUGAUCCUCCCCGUGAGUCCUUCAACCGCUGGAUGCUGGAGCGAAAAGUGGUGGACAAGGGCUCGGACCCUUUGCUGCCCAGCAGCUGCGAGCCCAUCGUGUCUCCCUCCAUGUUCCGAGAAAUCAUGAAUGACAUUCCCAUCAGAUUGUCCCGAAUCAAGUUCCGAGAAGAAGCCAAGCGGUUGCUUUUCAAAUAUGCCGAAGCUGCCAAGCGGCUGAUUGAAUCCAGGAGUGCCUCUCCAGACAGCCGGAAGGUGGUGAAGUGGAACGUAGAAGACACCUUCAGCUGGCUGCGACGGGAUCGGUCGGCCUCCAAGGAGGACUACAUGGACCGGCUGGAGCACCUGCGCAAGCAGUGUGGCCCCCACGUCUCUGCGGCCGCCAAGGACUCGGUGGAGGGCAUCUGCAGCAAGAUCUACCACAUCUCCCUGGAGUACGUCAAACGCAUCCGCGAGAAGCACCUGGCCCUCCUCAAGGAGCACAACAUCUCCGCCGAGGUGGAGCCUCCCGAUGUCCAGGACCGCCUCGUUUACUGCUAUCCCCUGCGCCUGGCCGUCCCGUCCCCCGCUCUGCCCAGCAUGGAGAUGCACGUGGAGAACAGCCUGGUCUGCGUGCGCUACAAGGGUGAGGUGGUGAAAGUCAGCCGCAGCUACUUCAGCAAGCUGUGGCUGCUUUAUCGCUACAGCUGCAUCGACGACGCCAGCUUUGAGCACUUCCUGCCCAGGGUGUGGUGCCUCCUCCGCAGGUACCAGAUGAUGUUCGGCAUUGGGCUCCACGAGGGCACCGGCCUGCAGGGGGCGCUCCCGGUGCACGUCUUUGAGGCCCUCCACAAGCACUUCGGGGUGAGCUUCGAGUGCUUCGCCUCCCCCUUGAACUGCUACUUCAAGCAAUACUGCUCGGCCUUCCUCGACACGGACAGCUACUUCGGCUCCAGAGGGCCUUGCCUGGACUUCUUCCCCAUCAGCGGCUCCUUUCAGGCCAACCCCCCCUUCUGCGAGGAGCUGAUGGACGUCAUGGUGACCCACUUCGAGAAACUGCUGGAGGGAUCCAGCGAGCCCCUGUCCUUCAUCGUCUUCAUCCCGGAGUGGCGGGAUCCCCCCCCAACCUCCCUGACCCGCAUGGAGCAGAGUCGCUUCAAGCGGCAGCAGCUCGUCCUGCCGGCCUUCGACCACGAGUACCGCAGCGGCGCCCAGCACCUCUGCAAGAAGGAGGAGAUGUACUACAAAGCCGUGCACAACACGGCGGUGCUGUUCCUGCAGAACAACGCCGGCUUCUCCAAGUGGGAGCCCACCCAGGAGCGCCUGCACGAACUGCUUACCGCCUACAAGCACUCGGGGCGUGCCCAGGCUCCCCCCGCCACCCCUUCGGCCUCCGACAAGGACCCGGAGCCGGUCCGGGAGCAGCAGAGCGCCAGGCGAGAGUCGACCCCCAACUGACGGGCAGCCAGCUGAGAGGCCGAGAGGGACAGCCGGGCCGCUCCGAAGCAGCCGGAGGGGAGCGGCCGGGACCCAGGGCUGGCACUGACCGGCCGGCCUCCCCGUGGCCCUCAUGUCCCCCAGACAAGCUGCAGGCCUCCUCGGGGCUGUGCCCGGCAGAGCGGGGCCGGCCGCCUGCCCGAAUCUCCCCAGCUGGGGAGGAAGGCAGGGCCGGGGAGCCUGCGGAAGUGGGGCCGAGUGGCCCCCCACCUCAGAGCGUGGGGAGAGCAGUCGUGUAAAUACGUCUCCCUGUGGUGGCUGCCCUUGUGACCUCGUCCCUGUUCUUCCCGAGCGUGCCCGUUGCGUAUUCCCACUGGCGCCAUUUAUCGUCUGUCACAGAACAGAGGACUCGCCUGUGUGUGUGUGUCUGUGUGUGUGUGUGUGUGUGAGAGAGAGAGAGAGAGAGCGUGUGAGCAGAAGGUCUCGGCGGCCCUUUGGUAGUUGUCUUGUUUCCACCGAAGGCUCCUGGCUUUCUAGGAGAGUUUUCGUUUCGUUUUUUAAAAGGGGUUAAUUUAACUAUGCUAACCAUUUUAUGACUUUUAUUGAAAGAGCAAAGUGGGGGGGAGAAAGUCUAUUUUGGAUUUUGUUUCUAGUUCUUAGGAACAUUAAAAACCAGCAUUAUCACCUG